AUGAUGGAGUCAAAGGUUGUGCGGUUCUUAGCGUACCAAUCAAUAUUUUCGAGCGUUGGAUCUGGGGACUUCGAUGGGGUGAAGAAACUGGUGGAGAAAGUGAAGAAGGAAGAAGGGUCAUCGCUCUUUGAUGUGAUGUCUCUUCAGAACGAUGCUGGAGAGACUGCACUUUACAUAGCUGCAGAGAAUAAUCUGCAAGAGAUUUUCAGCUACUUGCUCAACAUGUGUGACUUUGAAGCCGUCAAGAUUCGCUCCAAGUCUGAUAUGAACGCCUUUCACGUUGCUGCCAAGCGUGGUAAUCUAGAUAUUGUGAGGGAACUUUUGAAUACUUGGCCUGAGGUCUGCAAGUUAUGCGACUCCUCAAACACCAGUCCUCUAUAUUCUGCAGCAGUUCAAGACCACUUGGAUGUGGUGAAUGCUAUCUUGGAUAUUGAUGUCGGUUCCAUGUUAAUAGUUAGAAAAAACGGCAAAACUUCAUUGCACAAUGCUGCCAGGUAUGGCGUGGUUCGUAUUGUAAAAGCACUUAUUGCUCGGGAUCCAGGAAUAGUAUGCAUAAAAGAUAAAAAAGGUCAAACUGCACUGCAUAUGGCUGUCAAAGGACAGUGUACAUUAGUGGUAGAGGAGAUAUUACUAGCUGAUCCUUCUAUAUUGAAUGAGCGAGAUAAGAAGGGUAAUACAGUUCUUCACAUGGCUACAAGGAAAUGCCGUUCACAGAUAGUGAGCCUUUUGCUAAGCUAUUCUGCCAUGGAUGUUAAUGCCAUCAACAAGCAGCAGGAAACAGCCUUGGAUUUGGCAGAUAAACUGCCAUAUGGAGAUUCAGCUUUGGAAAUCCAGGAAGCCCUUGCAGAAUAUGGAGCUAAGCAUGCCAGGCAUGUUGGCAAAGUAGAUGAAGCAAUGGAACUUAAGAGGACCGUGAGUGAUAUAAAGCAUGAGGUGCAGUCACAACUUAUACAAAAUGAAACAACUCGCCGACGGGUUUCUGGAAUUGCCAAGGAACUGAAGAAACUUCAUAGAGACGCAGUUCAAACCACCAUUAAUUCUGUUACUGUGGUUGCUGUCCUUUUUGCCUCAAUAGCCUUCUUGGCCAUCUUCAAUUUGCCCGGUCAAUAUGAAAAGAUACCCGGAGAAGAGAUUGGGGAAGCUAAUAUAGCCAAUCAUCUUAGUUUCCAAGUUUUCUGCUUUCUGAAUUCUACAUCCCUUUUCAUUUCUCUUGCAGUUGUUGUAGUUCAAAUCACCUUGGUAGCCUGGGACACAAGGGCUCAAAAACAGAUUGUGUCAGUGGUUAACAAGUUGAUGUGGGCUGCAUGUGCUUGCACUUGUGGUGCUUUUCUAGCAAUAGCUUUUGAGGUCGUUGGAGGGAAAACAUGGAUGGCUAUCACCAUAACCCUUUUGGGUGUACCUAUUCUAGUUGGGACUCUAAUAAGCAUGUGCUACUUUGUUUUCCGACAACAUUUCGGUAUUUUCCGCAGUGAUUCCCAGAGACGCAUCAAGCGAGCAAGUGGAAGCAAAUCUUUCUCAUGGUCGUAUUCUGCAAAUAUAUCAGAUUUGGAUGAAUACGAUUCUGACAUUGAGAAGAUCUAUGCCCUGUGA